GCAGCCGGUCUACUACCUUGCAAAUCUACAUCGAGGAGCUGGAGUAACUCGGCUAGAAGAAACAUGAGGGCGAGCGUGAAUGUGAUGAAGACCGUCGUCUUGCUCAUCGGGUGCCUGGCGGUGAUCGGCCAGCUGGGUCGUGUGGAGGCCGGGAGAAGCUACGGAGGCGGGCGGCGGGCCGCCGGCGACGCGAGCAAGCUGGCGGUGAAGUUCUGCGUCCUACGGGACUGCGACACCAAAGGUGAGCCUAUCGCGAGCGCCUGCUUCUGCUGCCUGAACUUGCCGGACACUCCGUGCUAUCUUCAGCGGGAUGAAUGCAAGGCCAUUUGCCCCAAGCUGCCACGCGCGCUGCCCGCCUCCGCCGGCGGCGAAGGAACUACCUGCGCGUAUGAACGGAUGGAUCGCAACUGAUGAUGCAGUGAGGUGUAUGCCAAGGGCUGCGUGAUCGUGGUUCAGAAGUUGGCCGGUCUUCUCUCAUGAGACUAAUUUGUUGUAGUUCUGUAUAUGCCAGACAUCAAGGAUUACUAUCUCAAUACCUACAUGUAUCUGAAUGUAUGGGGUUAUUUUGUUUGCGGGGUAAAUUUUAUGACGUGAUUUUCGUAUGUUUUCCUAUCUUCCCUCGUCUAACUCAACAAAAAAUGUAAGUCCGACCAUUUCUUCUUUCAGAAAAUUGACUU